UUACAUGAACAACUGCGGUCUUUGAGGAACUCCCCAUAUAUUCUAUUGGCAAGAGGCCUAGUAGUGGCACAAUAAUUCAAAUUCUCAGCAAUCUAGGAACGUUUUUGAAGCCUUAAAAUUUGGAUUUGAGCUGCACUCGUGUGUGUUUGACUUUGACUGUACAUAUAAUACAACUGUUUGAUAAAGUGGAUACCAAUAACAAUUUCUCCGUGUGCGUGGAAAAUCUGAUCAACCCACCUUUUCAUAAUUCUGGUUUUCUGGAUCGUAGAAGCUCUUCUAAUCCUCCGGUUCUUGAUUUUCUCAAGCAUUAAUGGCCACCUAAAGAGAGAGAUUAAAAGAAAAGCUUGUGGUUGUACUCACCAGUUACCAGUGAAAUUGACUGUGAAUGCCUUUCAGAGUUUCACUUUCAGUAACUUCUUUGUUUUGAAAAGCUCUCUUUCCAUGGAAGUUGCGAGCUCCAAAGAUAGUUCAGUUUCUUCAAGUCCAUUCUCAUCGCCUAAUAUCAGUGCCCUGCUAAAGAUCAAGGUUCUCUCAUGGUAAGACAUGAACAGGGUUCCUCUGUGUGUGUGCGUGCGUGUGUCUCCUUCUGUUCAAGCUGCAUUGUUAAACUGUAAUUCUGAGGAGAAACUGAUAUUGGUUCAAUCCUAUCUCAGGAGCCAGGAGACUGGUUUACCUGUUUCUAUACAGGUUCGGGUUUGUGGCAGAACGUUCAAUCUACACAAGGUAAGAUCAAUAUGGUAUCUAAGAAAACUCCAAGAGGAUCCAAUCCUUAACUUCACUUCUGUUAAUAAUAUUUUGCAGUACCCUCUGUUUUCAAGGAGUGGAUACUUCAACAAGAGAAUGAAUGAGUCGACAGUAAUUGAUUUGCCAGAAGAUUUUCCCGGAGGACCAGAAACCUUUGAAAUGAUUGCAUUGUUCAUCUAUGGUUCCUCCACUUUGAUCGAUCCUUUCAAUAUAGCUGCCCUGCGAUGUGCAGCAGAGUUUCUUGAAAUGACAGAAGAAUACAGUACCGGUAACCUCUGUGAAAGGUUUGAUCUUUAUUUAAACCAGGUAGUCCUCCAAAGCUGGGAUGAUACGCUGAUUGUUCUUCAGAGGUGCCAAAUUUUGCUACCCUGGUCUGAAGAGUUGCUCAUCAUUAGCCGGUGCAUAGAGUCCCUAGCCUUCAUGUGUUGUAUGGAGAUUCUUGACCCUGAGAGAAGGCGGGAGAAACCAGUUGUGACUUUGGAGGCAUUAGCAGGUCAAGCAUGGAGUUGUGAGGAUGCAAAAGCACUUGUGAGCAACGACUUGUGGAUUAAAGACCUCAUGGCUCAGCCCUUUGGAUUCUUCAAAAGGGUAAUAGGAUCCUUGAGAAGACAAGGAAUGAAAGAGAAGUAUGUGAGUCCUAUUAUGGUCUUCUAUGCCAACAAAUGGGUGCUAUUAAAGAAGACACGCCAAUACUGGGAGAGUUCAGGUGAGAAAAUUGGAGAGAGUGGUGCAAAACAGAAAGUGUCUGGUAUUUUACAAGGUAUUCUUGAUCUGUUGCCCAUGGGAGAAAAGGCAAGUGGAGCUAUUCCUGUUGGGUUUUACUUUGCUUUGCUUGCCAGAUCCCUUGAACUUGGCAUGACAAGUCACAGCAGGGUGAAGUUGCAAGAUCAGAUUGCAUCUAUGUUACACUUCGCCCAGGUGGGAGAUUUUCUCUUCCCUCAAAUUAAGAUUGAGUCUGUUUCUUCCAGCAAGGAGUUGGCUAUAAUGGAGACUAUAUUUUCCAAGUAUGUAUUGUCUAACAUGGACUCCAAUCACACUCCAGCAAGAAACUCAAUCAUUGCAGAAUCAUGGGACAUUUAUCUGUCCCACAUUGCUGCAGAUCCAAAAAUGGAGCCUAAAAGAUUCAUGGAACUGAUUGAAAAGGUUCCGAUUGCCUUCAGACAAAGCCACGAUCAACUCUAUAGAGCACUGAACACAUAUCUCCAGGCACAUAUAGAUCUACCUCAAGAAGAGAAGGGAUCAGUCUGCAAGUACCUCAACUGCCAAAAGCUAUCACAAGAGGCAUGUAUUGAAGCGGUUCAAAAUGAGUUGAUGCCAUUGCGUUUAAUUGUCCAAGCUCUAUUCAUUCAACAGCGUAACACCCACCAAGCUUUCAAAGAAUGCUCAAACUCGUUUAGGCACGCGCAGUUUGGAGACUUCUCUGGAAGCCUUCCGAGCUCAAGAUGCCCAAACUCCAACAGUGUAAAUCCAGGAGACAGCCCCUAUAGAGAUAGAGCAGAGCCAGAGAGCAGGACAUUAAACAUCCUUCUUGCAAAUGACUCAGCACUGCAGGGGUGUGAAUUUUCCAGAAAGGAGUAUGAGUCGACAAGCUUCAGAAUUCAGAACCUUGAACAUGAGCUUAUGUCCUUGAAAAGAAGCCUUCAACAGCAGAAGAUUCCAAACAAAAGAGGCUCAAUCAAAGUGCAGAAAAUAAAAACAUAUGGUUUGGAAAAUAGAUCAAUGAGCAAGAAAAAUAAUGCACACGGGCAAGCAACAGGCUGUAUUGGGUCUGUGAGUUUUACUUCACAGAGGAAAUAUGCUACUAGGCUGCUAAACAUCAUUCGUCGUCUUACCUUGUUUCGUGGUAGAAAGUCAAAGAGAAGGACAAGUGCCAAUACCUUAUAAGCUAAGCAAUCUACCAUAUUAGUGUAAGCAUAAGAUGUAUGAAAAUCCAAACAUGUAAAAUCGAUUUAUUUGUGAAUGAAGACUAAAAAGCCAACCCAAAAAAAGCCUGUGAAAUAACAGUAUAGAUAUCAAGUGAUAUCCAAUUUUCUUCCUACCUCCCUUAAAGAGCCUCAAAAGUAAAACAGGCACCCAGCAAGCAUCUGCUAAAAUCCAGCUUAUGUAAUUGUGGGAAGAUGUUCAAAAAACGUUAUCGAAGUGCCUAUGCACAUUACACUGAUACAGAACAAGCUUUCAAUGAGCACCUUCCUGUUUACCAAAUUCUUGAUUUGAAGACAGGUUUUCACCAUGAUUAAAAUUUCCAGAAUGCAUCUGAGUUUUCUGCCUUACAAUUUCUAGUUACGGUUAUUAAUCAGUACAAUGAUUAAAAGGUUUGACAUUUGCUGUCAACUUUAAGUUGUAAUCUUUUCUCCUCAGUCUGGGGUUUAGUACAGCAUUUCUGUAAGCAUGUAUUUAAGGUUUCAAAUGAAAAUUCAGAUUAGUUUUGCCCCAGUUUUCUCUUCUUGUUCAUUCCACCAAAAAUAACCAAUUGAGCAUCAGAGUGUUUAUAAGAUCCAGCUCAAAUAUAAAUUCUAAAAUUCAGCUACUUAGAAGCAAAUUCAAGCAGAACCUAGGCUGACAGUACGUAGUACCUGUUAGCGUCCUGUAAACCAAACCAAGAUUCCCUGAAAUCAUUACCAGUAUUCACUCAGGGAAAAAUUCAGUCGCCAUAUGAUAACUCAUGGUGUCAAAGCAAAGAGAAGUCUGGAAAUCGGUGUGUAACUCAGGUUAUUGUCAACAGCUGUGGUCCUGAGACUUGAAUGCUAGUAACGAGAGCUAGGGGGGAGGAUGUGAUUUAAAAAGGUAAGAGAUAGAGGAGGAAGAGAGACAGAGAGAAUUCGAGAUAUAUAAUUGAAUCUGGAAUUUGAAUUUUUCUGAGCAGAACUUCCCACCAACUAGCUAUAUAUAUCCUACUUAAGGGGGGCGCACUUAAUUACAAUGGAAAAGAUAAUCAGCAAUAAGCAUUUGAAUUAGCCCAUACUACUUUUCUCGUUUCAGCCUUAUGCAUAAUUCCCCAA